GGCCACCUGUAGAGCCACCAAAGCCAACUGAAGAGCCACCAAGGCCACUGAAGCCCAACUCUAGAGCCACCAAGGCCACCAAAGCCCAACUCAAGAGCCACCAAAGCCACCAAACCCAACUCAAGUGCCACCAAGGCCACCAAAGGCCACCUGUAGAGCCACCAAAGCCAACUCAAGAGCCACCAAGGCCACCAAAGCCCAACUCAAGAGCCACCAAGGCCACCAAGGCCUCCCGCAGAGCCACCAAGGCCACCAGCGGAGCCCCCGGGGCCGCAGCCAUGAACUCGUCGGGUUACGAAGACGCGGCGCCGGCCGAGGAGGCGGAGGAGCUGCCGGCGGCCGAGAAGGAGCUGGCGGAGGACGCGCCGUGGAAGAAGAUCCAGCAGAACACGUUCACGCGGUGGUGCAACGAGCACCUCAAGUGCGUCAACAAGAGCAUCGGGGACCUGCAGAGGGACCUGGGCGACGGCCUGCGCCUCAUCGCCCUGCUGGAGGUGCUGAGCCAGAAGAAGAUGGGCAGGAAGCACCACCCCAGGCCCAACUUCCGCCAGAUGAAGCUGGAGAACGUCUCGGUGGCGCUGGAGUUCCUGGAGAGGGAGAGGAUCAAGCUGGUGUCCAUCGGUGGGUGA